UACUUGAAUAAUUUUAUGAUUUAUUUGUUUUCUUUAUACCGGUGAAGUGAAAACGGCUGUAAACAAGAAGCCAAUCUAGAUUGAAGGGAACUACGAGUUUCACAAACAUAUUUAAUAUUGCCUACAAACUACAGAUAUUUUUCGUUUGAGAAUUCGCUAAGACUAUCCGAGCCUGCAAACGAGCACCAUGUCAAUACCAUCAUGUAAAUCUACUUCUUCUACGAUUAUGACGUCACCGCGGAGUCAGAAAUCGUUGGUGUCCAUUAAAUCUGUGAGAUCGAUCGGAAGUAUGAAAGACAAUCCAUUUGCAUCUUCGUACGCAGCCGUUUGUGAAAAGUACAAGACGCGUCCGGUGCCUUAUGUUAAAGUGAACGUUAAAGCAAAUUCCGUGGAAGUAUACGGCGAUCGUAUGAAAGGCGAGGAAUGGCAAGCUGCAAUGGAAGCGUUAAGCACCGACGUCAGUACUCAUCACGUGCGCAUAAAAAACAAACGAUACGUGGAAAACUUGGCCGUAGGUUUUGACACGUUAUCUAGCGUCAUGGCAGCUCCGAAGAACGUGCCCGCGAUGAGCACACUGUACGUGGCAACCCUGAUCGCGUCGUCCAUUCACGAACUGCUGAUCAACUCGCGGGCGCUCGUCUACCUGGAACUGGAAAGCGUGCGGCUGGACGAACGGUCGGUGGACGUGCUGGUGUCCGGCGUUGAGGCCAACAGUACGCUGCAGCACUUGUCACUGGCAUACAGCCGGAUCGGCGACGCGGCGUGCCUGGCCCUUUGCCAGGUGCUCAGGGACAAGCCCAACAUCCAGUCGGUCGACCUGUCCGGGUGCGGGCUGACGGCCGCGGUCUCGUCGUCGCCGGUCCGCGGGCUGGUGGACGUGGUCAAGAAGCAGCAGAUCAAGCGGCACGAGGAGUGUUGGGCGCACUCGUUGCGGUACAGGGUCGCGGACCCGGGGGCGAUGCGCGGGCUGCGGCGGCUGACGCUGAACGACAACGAGGCGCUGGGCGACGCCGGGGUCGCGGAACUGUUCGAGUCGCUCAAGGACGAUUACUACGUGAAGGCGGUGGACCUGCAGAACUGCGGGCUGACGGACCGCGGCGCCGGGCUGGCGGCGUGCGCGCUGGCCGUCAACGACACGCUGGUGGUGCUGGACGUCCGGGACAACGAGCGCGUGUCGUCCAGCGCGCUGGCCGCGGUCAUGGCCCGGCUGUGCGAGAACAACGCGGGCAACCCGGAGACGAAACGAUGGACGUGGACCAAGUCGGUGCGCGAGAAGCGCGACAGGACCGCGACGUGCGGGUCGUCCAUCUCGAUACUGGUCUGAUGACGAGGCGCGGGCCUGCCGGCCGGACGACGAGAGGCGAAAAACGGAAACAAAAAAAAGUUCCUUCGGUCUUCGUUAUAUAGUAGUAAUAACAGUAAUGAUAAUAACAACGCGAUUGAGUUCGAUUUGUUUUUCGGCGCGUUCCGAUGGUUGCGCCUCCGCAGGGUCACGGCCAGAAACAGAUUUCCCGCGAAAAGUUAAUAAACGAAAACACAGUCGCGUCUCUCUUCCGCCUCACCUGCCCUGCCCUGCCCCCGCCUCCUUUGGGUUUAACGGUCCGGAAAAUGCGUUGAUUCGAUUCGACACACCGUUGCCCGUUAAAAGCUUUCGAUUCCCUCGUUUUCCUUUCCCAAGGGUUCCA